GAUAUUUCCUUUUUAAUUGUUUUUGUUCAGUGCUUCUUCCCACAAAAUGUGGUACCAGUGACCCGGACCCCAAUAUUUUUGGUAAAUGCAGCUUAUGAUUCGUGGCAGAUAAAGAACAUUUUGGCACCGGGUAUUGCUGAUCCUAAAGGCGCCUGGAAAAAGUGCAAGCUUGAUAUAAAGAACUGCUCACCCAGUCAACUUCAAACCAUGCAAGAAUAUCGGUUGCAGUUCUUAGGUGCACUUAGUCAAGCCAGCAGCUCCACAUCUCAUGGACUGUUCAUAGACUCUUGCUAUGCCCACUGCCAGAUUGGAACACAGGAGACAUGGUUGGCAGCCGACUCUCCGGUGUUGAGUAAGACGACAAUUGGGAAGGCAGUUGGAGACUGGUACCACGACCGAACUCCGUUCCAGAAGAUAGAUUGUGCUUACCCUUGCAAUCCUACAUGCAAAAACCGCGUGUUUGAUUCGGAUAAGCAACAAGAUUAAUUUAUCUAUGUCCAAGUGUAUAAUUUUUAUCAAUGUCAAAGUGUAUAAUUUUUAUGACAUAUGGACAUGUAUGUAAUGGCCGAGGCCUACUUAUUGUUCUAAAUAAUGGAGUGGUGCUUUUUCCA